AUGAGAUGCUUGCUGCAGAGGAUGUCGCUGGCCGAUCUGUUGACAUCACGGACGCCUCUGAGAUGGUCUUCGGGUUCCUCUACCAGCCGCCUGCUGCAAGAGGAGAUGGUGCAGGAUACCGGCGCGGCCUCGGGACAGCAGCGCAUGAACCCACUGGGGAUCCAGAUGCUCUCCAAGGGCCUUCACGAACAGAUUUUCCGAGGUGCUCGGGUGCAUUACUCCGAGGAAGACAUCCGGAAAAGCGUGGAACACCUGCAGAGGCAUGACCUGUGGGGAAAAGAGACCUCCGUUCUUCCAGAUGUGGAGCUGCGGCUGCCUCGGAUGUAUGGGGCCAACCUCGACGAACACUUCCGCAUCCUGGCGCAGAAGCAGAGCCUCCCGUAUUUGGAGGCUGCCAAGGAACUUCUGCAGAGCGACAUUGCCCCGAUGCCUCAGGAGUGGGCUUGGGCGGGGGGGUGGACCCGUUACGGACCCGACGGGGAGACGGAAGCGGUGGAUUUCCCCGAUGAGCGAGCGUUGGUGUUUGACGUGGAGGUGUGCAUGGAAGAAGGGCAUUGCCCCACGCUUGCGGUGGCUGUUUCCUCAAGUGCUUGGUACUCCUGGUGCAGCAAGCGGCUGGUAGAGCAGAGGUAUACCUGGUCCAGCCAGCUGUCUCUUUCGGACCUCAUCCCCCUGGAGUCGGGCAGCAACUUCCCCAAGCAGGAUGGUCAGGAGAAGCUGGUGGUGGGUCACAACGUGUCCUUUGACCGAGCGCACAUCAAAGAACAGUACCUGAUAGAGGGCUCUCGCAUGCGUUUCCUGGACACCAUGAGCAUGCACAUGGCGAUCUCCGGCUUGUCAGGAUUCCAGCGCAGCCUCUGGAUGGCAGCGAAGCACGGCAAGAGGAGAGGGCAGCAGCAGGUGCAGGAACACAUCAAGAAGACGCGCAGCAAAACGGACGGCCCCGCAAUUGCCUCCUGGGACUGGGUGAACAUUAGCAGCAUCAACAACCUGGUCGAUGUGCAUUCCCUUUAUGUGGGGGGCCAGCCCUUGGAGAAGGAGGCCCGGGAACUCUUUGUGAAGGGAAACAUGGAUGACAUCAGGCACAAUUUCCAGGAUCUGAUGAGAUAUUGUGCUCUUGAUGUUCAAGCUACGUAUGAGGUAUUCCAGGAGCAGCUUCCGCUCUUCAUGAAAAGGUGUCCCCAUCCCGUGACGUUUGCAGGGAUGCUGGAGAUGGGUGUCUGUUACCUCCCUGUCAAUCAGAACUGGGAGAGGUACCUGGAUGAAGCGCAAGUCACAUACGAGGAACUGCAGAAGGAGAUGAAGAAGUCCUUGAUGCACUUGGCUGACGAUGCCUGCCAGCUCCUUCACGAGGAGAGGUACAAGGACGAUCCUUGGUUAUGGGAUCUGGAGUGGGACCUCCAAGAAUUCAAGCAAAAGAAGAAGAAAACUGGGAAGAAGAAGGAUCAAGAUGGUGAUGGCAUACCCCCCAAAGCAGUGGAAAAGACUCCCACUCUGGAUUGGCAGGAAGAUCCUGGUCCCCCGACUGAAGAGGAGGAACAGCAAGUCCCCGACAGUCGUUUGCGCUUGGACAGUCUGAAGGAGACGGUUGCUUUGCAGCCAAAGAGGAUUCAGCAUCUCCCUGGCCAUCCGGGCUGGUACCGUAAACUGUGUCCCCGACUGGAUGAUCCCAGCUGGGUGCCGGGGCCAAGUCUGAUCAGCCUGCAGAUGAGAGUGACUCCGAAGCUGAUGAGGCUCACCUGGGAUGGCUUCCCGCUGCACUACUCUGAGAAAUAUGGUUGGGGCUACCUGGUGCCAGGGAAGAAGGAGAGACCGGCCAAGGACGACCUCAAUGGCCAGUCACCUUUGUGCCCGUUCAAGGUCAUCGAGCAUCUGUACCGGGAGCACUGCAAGGAGAAAGGCAAGGAGCAGCCUGCCUCGCUGGAAGCAUCUCUGGAUGAAGAUCUUAUAUUAACAGAAAACAGCACUUUCUGGCAAAAGGUUGAGGAGCUCAGUCGCCUGGAGGCGGAUGUGGAUUCAGAUCCUGCAAGCAAGCCCUCGAGACAGGACGAGACGGGGCCUGCAGAGAGCCCUCCCGACUAUCACCAUGGCAACGGUCCUUACAACGAUGUCAAUAUCCCAGGCUGUUGGUUUUUCAGGCUGCCUCACAAGGAUGGGAACGACAACAACGUCGGAAGCCCAUUUGCCAAGGAUUUCUUGCCCAAGAUGGAGGACGGAACCCUGCAAGCCGUCACUGGGGGCUCCAACGGGACGCAGGCGCUCGAAAUCAACAAGAAAGUCUCCUUCUGGAGGAAUGCGCAUAAGCGAAUAAGUUCCCAGACGGUGGUGUGGCUGAAGAAAGGGGAGCUGCCUCGAGCCGUGACCAGGGAUUCAGACUACGACGAGGAGAGCAGCUAUGGGGCCAUUCUGCCCCAGGUGGUGACUGCUGGGACCAUCACCCGCCGGGCUGUGGAGCCCACCUGGUUGACAGCCAGCAAUGCCAGAGCAGACCGGGUGGGCAGCGAGCUGAAGGCCAUGAUCCAGGCCCCUCCUGGCUACCACCUGGUUGGAGCCGAUGUAGAUUCCCAGGAGCUUUGGAUCGCGGCCGUCUUGGGAGAGGCUCAGUUUGCCGGCAUACACGGCUGCACCGCAUUCGGCUGGAUGACCCUCCAGGGGAAGAAGAGCAGUGGCACCGACCUGCACAGCAAGACGGCCUCCAUGGUCGGCAUCAGCCGGGAGCAUGCCAAGGUGUUCAACUACGGGCGCAUCUACGGGGCAGGGCAGCCCUUUGCCGAGCGCCUCCUCAUGCAGUUCAACCACCGCCUGACGCAGCAGCAGGCCGGCGAGAAGGCUCGCCAGAUGUACGCCAGCACGAAGGGCAUCAGGCGCUGCCUCCUGUCCGAGGAAGGGGAGUGGCUGGUGAAAGAGCUGGGUAUCCCUGUGGAUCGGGCAACAGACGGCUCCGUGUCCUCGCAAGACUUACGGCGGAUCCACAGAGAAGCAGGGAAAAGGUCUCGAAGGAGGAAGUGGGAUGUGGUGCGCCAGCGGGUGUGGACCGGCGGGACGGAGUCCGAAAUGUUCAACAAGCUGGAAAGCAUUGCCAAUUCAAAAUCCCCCUGCACCCCGGUCCUUGGAUGCCAUAUCAGCAGAGCGUUGGAGCCAGCUGUUGUCAAGGGUGAGUUCGUCACCAGCCGAGUGAACUGGGUGGUCCAGAGCUCUGCGGUGGAUUACCUGCACCUGAUGCUGGUGGCCAUGAAAUGGCUCUGCGAGGAGUUCGGCGUCAACGGCCGCUUCUGCAUCAGCAUCCAUGACGAAGUGCGCUACCUGGUCCAGAGCGAAGACCGCUACCGGGCGGCACUGGCCCUCCAGAUCACCAACCUCCUCGCCCGGUGCAUGUUUGCCUAUAAGUUGGAUCUGCAGGAUCUGCCUCAGUCAGUGGCCUUUUUCAGUGCUGUAGAUAUCGAUCGGUGCUUAAGGAAAGAGGUGACCAUGGACUGCAUCACGCCCUCCAACCCGACUGGGAUGGAACGGAGAUACGGCAUUCCUCCAGGCGAAGCCCUGGAUAUAUAUCAACUUCUUAAAAUAACCAAAGGCUCACUGGAGAAAGGAAAAUAG